AAAAUGGAAACCCUGUUGCUUUGUUUUGCCUUUGGGUCCCCUAUAUAAAGGAUGAAAGUAUGCAUGAACAUGCAUGCCUUACUAAGAGAGAGAGAGAGAGAGAGAGAGAGAGAGGAUGAAUACAAUGAGCUUAGCGUUGGCGAUCACUGUAGUUGUCUUCUUUGGGCACAUAGGAGAUUCAGAAGGAGGGGAUUUAAGGAAGAAUUUCUACAAGAGCGCAUGUCCUCUCGCUGAGGAGAUAGUGCAGAAUAUCACGUGGAAGCAUGUCGCUAGCAACUCGGCUUUGCCCGCCAAGUUCUUGAGGAUGCACUUCCACGAUUGCUUCGUCAGGGGCUGCGACGGCUCGGUUUUGCUGGACUCGACGGCAAACAACAAGGCGGAGAAGGCGGCCGUUCCGAACCAGUCGCUAACGGGGUUCGACGUGAUAGACGAGAUCAAGGAGAAGCUGGAGGAAACAUGCCCAUGCGUCGUCUCCUGUGCCGACAUCGUAGCCUUAGCUGCUAGAGACUCUGUCUCUUUCCAAUUCCAAAAGUCGAUGUGGGAGGUGUUGACAGGAAGAAGAGAUGGGAGAAUCUCCCGCCAAUCAGAAGCACUUUCCAAUAUUCCUUCUCCAUUUUUCAACUUCACAUCUCUCAAGCAAUCUUUUGCCAACAAGAGCCUCACUCUCCAUGACCUUGUUGUCUUAUCAGGUGGGCACACAAUUGGGGUCGGGCACUGCAACUUCUUCAGCAACAGGCUCUACAACUUCACCGGCAAAGGAGACCAAGACCCUUCCCUCAACCCAACCUACGCCUCCCAACUGAAGGCCCAGUGCAAGACGCUCUCCGACACCACCACCACCGUCGCGAUGGACCCCGGGAGCUCCCUCUCCUUCGACAGCCACUACUACACAGCCUUGAACCAAAAACAGGGCCUCUUCCAAUCCGACGCAGCACUCCUGACCGACGAGGAGUCGAGCAAGAUCGUCGACGAGUUGGUAGACCAGGACUCCUUCUUCACCGAGUUCGGCCAGUCGAUGAAGCGGAUGGGCGCGGUUGAGGUGCUCACGGGGAGCGAUGGCGAGAUCCGGAAGAAAUGUAAUGUGAUUAAUUAGAAGUCUCGUGGAAAAAUGUGGGUUUUAAUUUGGUGUGAACUUUUAUAGUUUCUUUUUCGGUUAUGUAUGUGUUUUGAGAGCAAAAGGUUAAUAAGAAGUAGGUGGAGGAUCAUUUGGCUAUGGCAAUAGGUUUUUUGUGCAAGAUUUAUAUUGGGAGAGUGUGAUUUAUGUUAAGAGUUUUUUUUUUA